ACACCAGUUGAGAGUUAAAGUGACAGUGUGACUCUUUCUGUCCAUCUCUGUCCAGGUCAAGCUGUCGUCCUCUCUCGUUCCCGCUCCUCCGUUCCCUCAGUGUCUCACCGCUCCCAUUCAGAGACUGGAUCAGUACUGUCAGACGCUAGAGGAGCUGGGCGGUCUUAACCCCACCUCUGACUCCGCCCUCUCCAUUCUCAGACACGCCCAGCGGCACGGAGAGGAUCUGCGAGCCAGUGACCUCAUCACAGGGUGUCCGAUGGCAGUGUGGGAUCGCGGGGAUCUGCUGCGUCAGGGUGAGUUGUGUGUGUGCAGCGGAGGCAGACGCAAGAAGACGGGCGUGAGACAUGUCUUCCUCUAUCAAAACUACAUCAUCUUCACCAAACACAAAACGCCCAACCCAGGGUGCAGUGUGUUCAGCUUCAAACACAGCAUAAAGACGGGUGAAAUGGGUCUCACUCAGAGCGUCGGCGAGGAUGGACUGAGGUUCGAGGUGUGGGUGAGACAGGCGUCUCGCACCAGAGACUGUCUCACUCUCCAGACGUCCAGUGUGCAGGAGAGAGAGACUUGGACCCAUGACAUCGCUCAGCUCCUCUGGACUCACGCCAUGCACAACACCGGUCAGAGCGCUUGACCUUUAACCUCUCACCUCACAGCACAGUUUUUAAGUGAACAAACGUGAUAGCAGCGUAGGGCGCUUGUCACGGUGCAUUCUGGGAUGGCUGUCUUUGGUUCAAACGAGGCAUCUCGGUGUCAUGACGUCAUGUACGGUGUGGAGGAGCUCCAUGUCAGGAGCACGUCUACGGUGUCUUAAAAUGCGUCUUGAAACACAGCUGUUGUUUGUGCUUUUCGAAUUCUGUGCGCAACGUUUAUGGCGUCGGUUGACUGGAAACCAUUAAAUAAACAGCAGAAAGUUCUGCUCAAUUAAGAAAGUGCCCGUCCUCCCUAAUGAAUGAGCACUUAAAUACACACGCUUUCAAGUUAUUGACCCACUUAUUUGUGCGUAAUUAACACAACACUAAAAGGCAGUUUGA